CCACCUGCAGUGGGUGGGGCUUACAGAAGACAACUAAGACGACCCUUCAGGGGGGUUGGAGCGGUCGCUAAAGGUUACCUCCCUCUUGUGGGUGGGGCUCUGAGCGCGCGCUGCUUCUUGUGUUGGUGUGGCUGUGGCAGGCCUCAGCGCGGGCUGCUUCACCUCAGUGCUAGCAACCGGUGGCUCCAUGGAGGCGACAGGUCCCAGUAGGCACCGCUCCAUCCUGACCCCUAUGUUGGGGUGCCCCUUCUGGAGCUGACAGACCCAUCCCAGUGGGAGGCGGCUCCAUGGAGAAGAAAACAAGAAUUAGCAUCCAACACAUCUCACGAUACAGCUGCAGGAGGAAUCCGGGAACAGACCUAUUCAGUAUCAUAUACUUUAUCAGAAACUUGGCUGAAGAGGAAAUAAAGGCAGAGCAGGAGGUGGUGGAGGGGAUGGAUAUCUCCACUCGAUCCAAAGGAAGCCAGGGCAGGCUGCAGAAUUCUGGAGAACUGAAAAUCGCCAUCCCUGUAGUAUCUGACUGCCCUAUGGAUUUUGAACUGGAUUUUGAAACCCUGGCUCAGGCAAUCCAUGAUCCUGGCUCUGCCGAACGCACAGCACAAAAGAGGAAGUUUCCCAGCCCUCCACACUCUUCCAAUGGCCACUCCCCACAAGAUGCAUCUACGAGCCCUAUUAAAAAGAAAAAGAAGCCUGGCCUAUUGAACAGUAACAAUAAAGAGCAGUCAGAACUAAGACAUGGUCCGUUUUACUAUAUGAAGCAGCCACUCACCACAGACCCUGUUGAUGUUGUACCACAGGAUGGACGGAAUGAUUUCUAUUGCUGGGUUUGUCAUCGGGAAGGCCAAGUCCUCUGCUGUGAACUCUGUCCUCGGGUUUAUCAUGCUAAGUGUCUGAAACUGACAGCGGAACCAGAGGGUGAUUGGUUUUGCCCAGAAUGUGAGAAAAUUACUGUAGCAGAAUGCAUAGAAACGCAGAGUAAAGCUAUGACAAUGCUCACCAUUGAACAGCUAUCAUACUUGCUCAAGUUUGCACUACAGAAAAUGAAACAGCCAGGGACAGAGCCAUUUCAAAAGCCAGUUUCACUGGAUCAACACCCAGAUUAUGCAGAAUAUAUCUUUCAUCCAAUGGACCUUUGUACAUUAGAAAAGAAUGUUAAAAAGAAAAUGUAUGGUUGCACUGAAGCAUUUUUGGCUGAUGCCAAAUGGAUUUUGCACAAUUGCAUUAUUUACAAUGGGGGAAAUCACAAAUUGACACAAACAGCAAAAGUCAUAAUCAAAAUCUGUGAACAUGAGAUGAAUGAAAUUGAAGUGUGUCCAGAAUGUUAUUUAGCUGCUUGCCAAAAACGAGAGAACUGGUUUUGUGAGCCUUGUAGCAAUCCCCACCCUUUGGUCUGGGCUAAACUCAAAGGCUUUCCAUUCUGGCCUGCUAAAGCACUGAGGGAUAAAGAUGGGCAAGUCGAUGCCCGUUUCUUUGGCCAACACGACAGGGCCUGGGUUCCAAUAAAUAAUUGCUACCUCAUGUCUAAAGAAAUUCCUUUUUCUGUGAAAAAGACUAAAAGCAUCUUCAACAGUGCAAUGCAAGAGAUGGAGGUUUAUGUGGAGAAUAUUCGUAGAAAGUUUGGAGUAUUUAAUUACGCACCUUUCCGGACACCAUAUACUCCCAACAACCAAUACCAAAUGUUAUUAGAUCCUGCAAACCCAGCAGCUGGAACUGCAAAGACAGACAAACAAGAGAAAAUCAAACUGAACUUCGACAUGACAGCAUCACCCAAGAUUCUAAUGAGCAAAUCUAUGCUGAGCAACACUGGUCGAAGGAUUUCCUUGACAGAUAUGCCACGGUCACCAAUGAGUACAAACUCAUCAGUUCACACUGGAUCCGAUGUUGAACAGGAUGCAGAGAAAAAAGCAACUUCCAGUCAUUGUAGUGCAAGUGAAGAGUCCAUGGACUUCAUUGACAAGAGUUCAGCUUCUCCAGCACCAGCAAGGACGGGCCAAACAGGGAGCUUAUCAGGCAGCCCAAAACCUUUCUCUCCUCAAGCCUCAACACCUAUUGCUGCUAAACAAGAAAGAACUUCCACUCCAGGAAGCAUUCUGAACCUUAACCUUGAUCGCAGCAAAGCUGAGAUGGAUCUGAAAGAACUGAGUGAAUCAGUCCAGCAGCAGUCCACACCUGUGCCGCUAAUUUCACCAAAACGACAGAUUCGCAGCAGGUUCCAGCUUAAUCUUGACAAGACAAUAGAGAGUUGUAAAGCACAGUUAGGAAUCAAUGAAAUCUCUGAAGAUGUUUAUAACGCAGUAGAACAUAGUGACUCUGAGGAUUCUGAAAAAUCAGACACCAGUGACAGUGAAUAUAUCAGUGAUGAUGAACAGAAAUCAAAGAAUGAUCAGGAAGAUGGAGAGGACAAAGAAAGUGGAAAAAGUGACAAAGAAUCAUUGACCAUGAAAAAAAAACCUAAACCCCCAGCUCCAGCUGAAGUCAAAGAGGAACUUAAAAGCACAAGUCCAGGAGUGGAGAAAACAGAUGUCCCUGUCAAAGAAAAGGCUAAUACAGACUCUGAGAAAGACUUUUCUGAAAAGGGAAAAAAUUUGCAGCAUCCUGCAAAAGAAAAACUGAAAGGUAAAGAUGAGACAGACUCUCCAACUGUGCAUCUGGGUCUGGACUCUGAUUCAGAGAGUGAACUUGUCAUCGAUCUAGGGGAAGAUCAUUGUGGGCGUGAGGGACGGAAAAACAAGAAAGAAUCUAAAGAACCGCCUCCUAAGCAAGAUGUUGUAGGUAAAGUUCCACCUUCUUCCAGUGCAAGCAGCCAGCCUCCACCUGAAACUCCUGUGCUUACCCGGUCUGCAGCCCAAACUCCACCAGCUGGAGUCACAGCUACUACUAGUGCUACUUCUACUGUCACUGCUCCAGCAGCAGCCACAGGGAGCCCUGUGAAAAAGCAGAGGCCGCUUCUACCUAAGGAAACAGCCCCUGCUGUGCAGCGAGUAGUGUGGAAUUCUUCAAAUAAAUUUCAAACGUCGUCUCAGAAAUGGCACAUGCAAAAGGUACAGAGGCAACAGCAGCAGAGCCAGCAGUCUCAACAGUCGCAACAACCUCAGUCUUCUCAAGGGACAAGAUAUCAGACAAGACAGGCAGUAAAAGCUGUACAGCAAAAAGAGAUCACCCAGAGCACUUCCACAUCAACUAUCACCUUGGUUACAAGUACUCAGCCUGUUUCUAUGGUUACCAGUUCUGGUUCUUCAAGUACACUUUCUUCUUCAAUUAAUACAGACUUGCCAAUAGCAACAGCUUCAGCUGAUGUGGCAGCAGAUAUUGCAAAGUACACUAGCAAAAUGAUGGAUGCAAUAAAAGGAACAAUGACUGAAAUAUAUAACGAUCUUUCCAAAAAUACCACUGGAAGUACAAUAGCAGAGAUUCGUCGUUUGAGAAUCGAAAUAGAGAAACUUCAAUGGUUACAUCAACAGGAACUCUCAGAAAUGAAACACAAUCUUGAAUUGACAAUGGCGGAGAUGCGGCAAAGUCUUGAGCAGGAGCGUGAUCGUUUGAUUGCUGAAGUAAAGAAGCAGCUGGAGUUGGAGAAGCAGCAAGCUGUGGAUGAAACCAAGAAGAAGCAGUGGUGUGCCAACUGCAAGAAAGAGGCCAUCUUCUACUGCUGCUGGAAUACCAGCUACUGUGACUACCCCUGCCAGCAAGCUCACUGGCCUGAGCAUAUGAAAUCCUGCACACAGUCAGCUACUGCAACACAACAAGAAACAGAUACAGAAAUUAACCCAGAAACAUUAAAUAAAUCGUCUCAGCCCAGCUCCAGUGCACAGACUCCAUCCACAGAAACAGCCAGCACCCCAAAGGAAAAGGACAGUGCAGCCGAUAAAAACAAAGACUGUGUUACAAUAGCAACAGGUGUGACAAGCAACCAGCCUAUAAAACUGGUCCAGGUACCGCAGACCACCACCUAUAUUCCAACUACUCAACCCACAAUUACCAUUCCUGUAGUGGUAAGUCCUUCUGCUGGGACAGUGGCAAUGAGAACUGGAGUUCAGUAUGUUCAGACCACAAUGCCAGUCCAAGUACGAAGAGUCUAACUACUAACAAGAAGCCCAGGCGACUGUUGGAAUAAAUAACUAAUAAAAAUCUGUCUAAUAGAAAUGUGAAAAUAAACACAGUUCUUUGGAUUAACCUCAAAGGUUCAGACUUUAGCUUUGUAUAUGUGUACAAAGCAUUAACUACACUACAUUAAUGUAAAGCAUUAGCGCUGGCUUUAAAAAGCUGAGGACAGGUAAGAUCCAUGUUAAAUCUAUGCUUCGGUUGUAAAUAAUGUACAAUUUGUGGAUGUCAUUAAAGUUAGAGUACCAUCUCCUUUUUAUAUUUGUAUUGACUUUAACUUAUAAAGAGUGUUUGAAGUUGGUAAAGGAAAGAUUAAAACAGCCUUAUCACGAACGAACAUUGAAAACUGGACUUAAGGAACUGCAGUUGCACAUAAAAUCACUUACUCUUUAUUAUCAAGAGAGAAUCCGAUCUUCUUAAUUUGCAUUUGGUAAUGAAAACAAUUGUGCACUUUGAAACUCAGUUAAAAUUUCUUUUUGUGCAACUAAAGUUGAAAAUGUACCUUUUAAAAUUUCAUUUUAUUAGGCAAAUUAUGAAAUUUCCAAUAUGUGGACCUGAAGUACACAAAGAGGGUAUUUUUUGUUUUUUACAGUGAUCAGACUGU